AUGACUCCUAUAUCUGGGGAUUUUGCAGGCCAGUUCAUACUGGCCGUGAUCCCACGAUGCUUGUGUAAAGUACUCACUCAGUACCUGUACAUGAGGGUCAAGGACGAAAUGUACCCCAACGGUACAGAACCGGCGAAACACAACGUCACCUGCUUCCAGAACAGUUCAACCGAAGGCUUCAAGCUCCAGGAGAAAGCCCAGCAGGUUACGAACGCCAUGCAGAUGCAGUUCUCCUUGACCAAGUCUGGAUGUGAGCUCGUGAUGACUUUAAUUCUUGGAUCCUUCUCGGAUUAUAUAGGAAGAAGGGUUCUGUUUGUUGUUCCAUCGGUUGGUUACCUUAUCAAAGAUUCCAUUCUCACGGCAAUAAUUUAUUGGAACUUGGAUCUGAAGUUUUACUAUGUUGGUGAGAUGUUGGAAGGAAUUACUGGCGGGUCGUCUCUGUUCAAACUAGCCUGCUACACGUGUGUGUCGGACAAUACACCAGCUAAAGGGGUCAGGACCCUGGGGAUGAUAGCAGUAGAUGUCACAAUUGCAGUAGCACAAGCAUCCAUUUCAUCAGUGACCGGCAUCUUCAUCCAGAAUACAGGAUUCUUUUACCCUUCCUUGGCAUCAGCGUUGAUGACCGUGGUUGUCUUGCCCAGAGAUGAUAGGAUACUACAGUAUGGCAAGCACAAUGUUCCAACAAGUGCUCUGUAUUCCCUUAGCCAGGCUGCUCCAGAGCUGCGUCAGUGA